AUGCACAGGAAUGCGCUUCGGGGUCUAUACAGUGGCUAUUUGAAGACUAAAAACCAAGCGGUGAUUUCUCCGAUUGUAGAUGACACGGAUGGCCACAACAAUGGCACCUUGUUUACGGGUGAGCUUGAUAAUGGGUUCGGUAUUCGAAGUCAUGCACCAUCGCAUUUUAACUCGAACAACGAAUUGGAAGGUGUAUAUAACAUGUCAGGCGCGGCCGUGUCAGUAGAUAUUCAUAAUAUUCCAGAAACAGCUGAGAAUUCUGUGCAACGCAAAAGCGCUUACGAUGCAAGAAUGCUCAGUCGACCUCAAAUUGGACAAUAUCUUACUCCUGACAAUGAUUCGAACCAAGAAAUGUCUACUUUUGCUGGACCUCUCGUCUAUCAAAAGUAUGCAGUACUCGGCCAAAAGCAUCAAUGGAGGAAAAGUCGCUCCAGCCGAUCGCGCCAGCAUCAGACGAUCUCGCCUGUUGAUGCUAAUUAUCCUGCGGAGCGCGCUGAAAGUGACGCAUUUGGCUUUAGACGUGGUGUUCUCACUUCAAGCUCAGCCUUAUCACAUGACGAGAGGCACUCGUCGCAAGAAUUGUCAUCAAUUGAUACCCGAAUCGAGAGAAUAUCGUCCUCGCAGUCCAACAGCUCAGGACGAGAUAGUGACUAUUCCCAAGGUCGAUCUCAAGGCGAGCACAGCAAUACAUCUGAAGAUGGUCGACAAUUUGUAGUCACAAAACAAAAAAAAUCGAAAUACAGUGCCAAGCUACAUCUUCACGGUCAGAAACCUCUUUAUCUCGGCAGGUACAAGAAUCAAGAGGCAGCCCUUGCAGCUUGUGAGAGCGCCUACAGCGUCGUGACUACCCCACGCAAAUGA